AUGGCUUCGAAGAUGCUGUCUCUUAUCCUGGUAGGACUGCUGAUGCCAUUCAUAAUGGGCAGUCCUACACUUCCAAGGUCUGUGUCAACUUCGACGGCGCAAUCUUCAAAUGCGUCGGGAACCAGCGACAAACUCGUCUUCUGCCACUUUAUGAUGGGUAUCACAAGCAGCCGCCAAAGUGCCAACGACUACGACAACGACAUGAAAAGCGCCAAAGACCACGGCAUCGACGCCUUCGCACUAAACAUCGGAACCGACAUCUACACCACCCCCCAGUUAAUAUACGCCUACACCUCCGCCGCGCGGAACAACAUGAAAGUAUUCCUAUCCUUCGACUUCAACUGGUGGAACACCCAGCAAUGCAGCACCAUCGGCGCAACAAUCAAGCAAUUUGCGAGCCACCCGGCCCAGCUGAAAGUCGAUGGUAAAGUCUUUGUGUCGUCGUUUCAGGGCGACGGCAUCGACGUCGAGAGUAUGGCUGCGGCGGCGGGCCAUGAGAUCUUCUUCGCGCCGAACUAUCACCCCCAAGCGGGUAAUUUUGGCUCUGUCCAGGGUGCGCUCAAUUGGAUGGCUUGGCCGAGUAAUGGUCAGAAUAAGGCGCCGUCGGAUGGACUGAAUGUUUCUGUUGCUGAGGGGGAUGAGUCAUAUGGGAGUGCGUUGGGUGGGAAGCCGUAUAUUGCUCCUGCCUCGGCGUGGUUCUCUACUCAUUUUGGAAGCGAGGUCUCGUACAGCAAGAAUUGGGUCUUUCCCUCGGACUUGUUGUGGUACCGCCGGUGGCGGGAGAUCUUGAGGCUAAGACCUCGUUUUGUCGAGAUUAUCACCUGGAAUGACUAUGGGGAGUCUCAUUAUAUUGGACCGCUUUCAUCGCCGCACGAUGACAACGGUGCAUCGAAAUGGGUCAUGGACAUGCCACACACCGGCUGGCUCGAAAUGUCCAAACCAUUCAUCGCCGCCUACAAAGCCGGCUCCGACUGUCCGCUAAAGUACAUCGACGAAGAAAAACUGGUCUACUGGUACCGCCCAACGAAGCGGGACAUCGACUGCGACGCCACGGACACAACAAUGAGCGGCAACCCCAGCAACGCCAGCGGCAAUUUCUUCGCCGGCCGGCCAAACGGGUGGGAAAGUAUGACAGACGAGGUCUUCGUCGUCGCGCUGCUAAAGAAGCCAGCGCAGGUGCGUGUGCAGUCGGGCGGACAGUCGCACGUCUUCGCAGCGCCGGCGGGCAUCAGUGCCCAUGCCGUACCAAUGGGAGUGGGCCGGCAGGAGUUUGCGGUCAGGCGUGAGGGACGGACGAUCUUGUCGGGGAGGAGCUUGAAGGAAGUCGAGGAGCGGUGCGUGUGUGGAAUCUACAACUUCAAUGCGUAUGUGGGGACGCUGCCGGCGACAGCCACGAUUGACCGACUGCAGCCGGCUGGGCUGGCCUCGUUGUCGCAGGGGCUGAGCGUCGCGUGCCCAACGAACACUUUGGGGUCGGUCACUGCUGUUGCUACUGCUGUUGCGACG